ACAUCAACUUGUCAUUUAAUAUCUCUCUUUACCUCCUAUACUAUACUACAGUCUCAUCCAUUUACUUUCAUAAAAUCAUUCAAAUAUCUUCUUGAGAACACAUUCCAGGCUUCCACAUUUUUAUUUCACAUCAGCGCUUUUAAUAUAUUCACUUUUUUUAAGCUUGCCAGUUCCCUUUCGUUUCGGGAUUUAAACACAUUAUUCUGCAAUAAGACGGUAAGUGUAGGCGAAAGGCAAACGGGACACAUACGCUUCAAGAAACGUGAUCCGUUGGUCUUUCAGGGACCUCUUCUGGCCCACUGAGGAGUUACUUCAUCUUUAUUCCCACAAUCAACAGCUGAUGUUGCUGAAAGUGGCAGAGAGCUUCCCUUUUACAGGCCAGGAUUUUACUGCGGCUGGCUGCCUGCCUGCCGGGGGAGCGGUUUCACGGUAACACGGCGCCAUUUGGCCAGGGGGAGCGGUUUUCUGGUGGCACGACACCAUCCGGCUGCCGGGAGAGCGGCUUUUCUGGUGGCACGGUACCAUCCGGCUGCUGGGGGAGCGGUUUCUCGUUUUGAGAUGGAGCCGGAAGUGGAUUUGGACUCACCCGCCACCAAAACCAAUGUCUGCUAUAUCUACACUCCCGGCUACAUCGAGAGAUGCGACUCCCUUUCCAAAGUCACCAGCAGGGCUAGUAUGGUCCAUUCUUUGAUUGCUUCUUAUGGGUUGCUGAAAUACAUGAGGAUUGUUGAACCCCGAAUGGCUUCUAUGGAAGAAAUGGCAAUGUUCCAUACAGAUGCCUACCUAGAGCAUUUACAGAAAAUCAGUGAGGAUGGUGAUGAUGAUGACCCGGAGUCUGCAGAGUAUGGACUAGGUUAUGACUGUCCUGCAACAGAGGGAGUGUUUGAUUAUGCUGCGGCAGUAGCUGGGGCCACUCUUACAGCUGCGCACUGCUUGAUUGACAAAAAAUGUCAGGUGGCAAUUAACUGGCCUGGGGGCUGGCAUCAUGCAAAGAAGUGA